CAGAAAGAUCGUAAUAAUUGGAGUGUGCAGAAAGUUGUACCUUCAAACUUCGUUCAAGUAUUUAUAAUCUAGAGAGAGGAAAGCGUCUCCUCUCCAAUCUCUCUCUUCUUCGUUUCCUAAACCCUAUCCCAAGCUCUGCAAUCCGACCUCAAAUGGCGAACAGUAAUCUUCCCCGAAGAAUCAUUAAGGAAACUCAGCGUCUCCUCAGUGAGCCUGCCCCUGGGAUUAGCGCCUCGCCGUCAGAAGAUAACAUGCGAUAUUUUAACGUGAUGAUUCUUGGCCCGACCCAGUCACCCUAUGAAGGAGGAGUUUUCAAGUUGGAACUAUUUUUGCCUGAAGAAUAUCCUAUGGCUGCUCCCAAGGUUCGAUUUCUGACGAAGAUUUAUCAUCCAAAUAUUGAUAAGCUUGGCAGGAUAUGCCUUGACAUUCUGAAAGACAAAUGGAGUCCAGCUCUACAGAUACGAACUGUACUUUUGAGUAUCCAAGCACUUCUGAGUGCUCCAAACCCAGAUGAUCCACUUUCCGAGAAUAUUGCCAAACAUUGGAAAACGAAUGAGGCAGAGGCUGUUGAAACAGCAAAGGAAUGGACUCAAUUAUACGCAAGUGGCGCCUAAAGGGGGAGGAAUUACAGAAGUCUUUUAAUGUUGUUCGGUUUAAUAACAUGAAUCUAAUGUCUAUGGUGUACCCAUUUGGUGUGGAUUUGAAUGAAAAUCUGGAGGAAUUUAUAGUGUCAAAAAUCUCUAAAAUUGCGUCUGUUUUGGCGGGAGUGUGUGCCCCCCCCCACCAUACUUUGUAUGAUGAAUGAUUAGAUGGAUUAUAUUCUUAUUAUAACUUCUCCUAUUA